AAGCCAGAUCUCGCGAUGCCUGGCCAGUCUCGCGACAACUGGGAGGAGCUUGCCGCUGCUCGGGCUACAGGACUCCUCAGGUGGUGGCGCUGGCAGUCGGGCUACGGAGGCCGGGUUACCAGAUUAAGGAAAAGUAUUUAAGAAGCUUAUGGCAUAAUAUGCAUCAAAGUAAUAUAAGAUCUGCAGGAAGUCCCUCAAGAUAGCUGGAAAAGAAGAAUUUCUAGACUCUUCAUCAAUAUCUUCAUUUGCCUAGUUAAAUCCAAGGCUCCUGUGGUAAAAUCAUGAAUAAAAAUACAUCUGCUGUGGAAUCAUCCAAUCUACUUGAAAAAGAUCCUGCCUUUCAGAUGAUUACAGUUACCAAGGAAACAGGCCUUGGUCUGAAGAUCCUAGGAGGAAUUAACCGGAAUGAAGGUCCCUUGGUAUAUAUUCAGGAAAUCAUUCCUGGAGGAGACUGUUAUAAGGAUGGACGUUUGAAGCCAGGAGAUCAACUUGUCUCAAUAAACAAGGAAUCUAUGAUUGGUGUAUCCUUUGAAGAAGCAAAAAGCAUAAUUACCAGAGCCAAGUUGAGGUCAGAAUCUGUUUGGGAGAUAACGUUCAUAAGACAAAAAUCUGAUGGCAGUCAUCCAGGAAAUCCAUCUUGUACAUCUCUUUUACAAGCUUCCGGAGAAUAUGGACCUCAAGUCUCAACAUUUAGCCUUCUUCCAUCUCCCCCUGAAACACUAAUUCCAAAGACCUCAUCUACUCCCCAAACUACAGAUACCAUUUUACCUUCUUUUAGGAUAAAUCAGAUGAAAACUGGAUACAAGAAAACAGAACAGACUCCAAUUACUUCUUCGGGAAACAGCCCUACGGAUAUGUCUAAUACAGAUAUUGCCCCUGCAUGGACUGAUAAUUAUGGACCACAAGGAAAGAAGAUUUCCCUAAAUCCUUCUGUUCGCCUCAAGGCAGAGAAACUGGAAAUGGCUCUAGAUUAUCUUGGAAUUCAGCCCACAAAGGAACAACAUCAAGCCCUGAGACAGCAAGUGCAAGUAGACCCAAAGGGAACAGUGUCUUUUGGAGAUUUUGUCCAGGUUGCCAGAAACUUGUUUUGCUUGCAGUUGGAUGAAGUGAAUGUCAGUGCACGUGAAAUUUCCAGCAUAUUAGAUUCACAGCUUCUUCCCUGUGAUUCCUUAGAGGCAGAUGAAAUAGAAAGGCUUAAGCGUGAAAGAAAUGAUGCCUUAGAGGAAGUGAAUAUGCUCAAGGAAAAGUUAUUUGAAUCAGAAAGGCAAAAGAAACAAUUGGCAGAAGAACUCCAGAAUGUGAAACAAGAAGCCAAAGCUGUGGUUGAAGAAACUAGAGCCCUGCGAAGUCGAAUCCACCUUGCCGAGGCUGCACAGCGCCAGGCACACGGGAUGGAAAUGGACUACGAAGAAGUGAUCCGUCUGUUAGAGGCCGAGGUCACAGAUCUAAAGGCUCAGCUUGCUGAUUAUUCGGACCAAAAUAAAGAAAGUGUUCAGGAGUUAAAAAAGAGAAUUACAGUACUCGACUGCCAAUUGCGAAAAUCAGAAAUGGCUCGAAAAACUUUUGAGGCAUCCACUGAAAAGCUUCUUCAUUUUGUAGAGACUAUUCAAGAAUUAUUUUCUGAUAAUACUUCUCCUUUAUCAAAUUUAAGUGAAAGAAGAGCCAUGUUAGCUUCUCAGACUUCUCUUACACCACUGGGAAGGAAUGGACGUAACAUCCCAGCAAUGCUAGCUCUUGAAUCUAAGGAACUCGUUAAAUCUGUUCGGGCCAUACUUGACAUGGAUUAUCUACCUUAUGGGUGGGAGGAAGCUUACACAGCAGAUGGAAUCAAGUACUUCAUCAACAAAAUGUAAUAAAGCAAACACAUAGUUUAUAAGAAAUGGAGAAAGGGACUUUUGGAAUAGAGGACCCAGGAAUACCAUGCACGGAUUACAUGAAUCAUGUCUCUUCUGGAAGGAGAGUUGUGCCCUGAUACACUGGGUUAACCUUGUUGACUUCCUGGAAUAUUUGAAUCAUGGUACUGUAGAGGUGGCAGGAAAAUGAAAAACCACAUUCACGUUUUCAUUGGGUUUUUCACUCAUAUUAACUUUGUAAUGAUAUAUUUAUUUUUUGAGAGAGAGAGAGAGCUUGUGAGCAAGGGGAGGGGCAAAGGGAAAGCAUCUCAAGCAGACUCUCCACUGAAUGCAGAGCCUCACACAGGGCUUGAUCUCAUGACCUCAGGUUCAUGACCAAAGCUGAAAUCUAGAGUUAGACCCUUAACCAACCAAGCCACCCAGGUACCCCGAAAAUGACCGUUUAUCGACCAAAACCUGAUAACCAGGCAAGUGUUAGGUAUAUAUUUCUGUGCAUUGUAUUAUUUAAUUCUCCCAGCAGUUCAGAAAAUGGACACCAGUUGGCUUUUAUCAGGAUGGUAUUAUGGUGGUGGGGGGUUGCAUCCUGCCUUCAGCCACGCCUAUCUCCUAGAAAGUCCCCAAAGGAAAUGCCUGAUCAAAGGAAGGCAAACAUAGCAUUCAAUUAUUUACCGGGGUUCUGGUUCAAAGGCCUUUAAAAAAAUGUAAGUAAAUGAAUCUGGACCCUGUGGGGACUCCUUAGCCCCAGCCAGCUCUCAGUAGUAUAUACGAACCCAAAGCCGAGUGUCAGCGCCUAACUAGUGCCACAUGAAGAAAGGAAAUCAAGGGCACAAUCACUGAUCACCAAAGACAAAGAGGGAGCAAGAGAUGGCCAGCCAAAUGGUGAGUGUUUCCCCUUGCCUGGUACCCAGCUGGCUUAAGCCAACUGUGUCUAGCAGACUAGAACAAUAGUCUUGGGCUGGGCUACUACCACAAGGAAGAAUAGCAUCCAAGGAGGGGAAAAAAGAGAAUAAAACAAGCCAUUUGCCCUGAGGUCUAACUCAAAGUCCUGUGGAAGGAACAGAAAGAGACACUUACAUUUAUGUAGUCUGCUCCAGCAUAGAAAAUACAUCCCGCAAACCUAAACCUAAAUAUAUUCCUUAAACCUGUCUUUUGGAAGCCCAUCAAUUCUCUUUCUAGACCUUAAUCUUGACUUACAAAGAAAGCAGGAAAGAGAUGAUAAGAUAGAUUUGUUUCCCAGAGGACAAUGGUAGAUAUCAUUGUGUCUUAUUGUGUCACCAUUACAGUUGGAGAAACUGUGGAAAAGAGGCUAACUUGGUCAAGGCCGUACAGUAGGAAAACACCAACACACACACACACACACACACACACACACACAGGCUUUACCACCUCCACCUCCUUAUUUUAAUGUCAUAUGUUUCCAUGUGACAAAAGAUUUUUUAAACAAAUCUUGGUUUAGGGAGAGCUCCAUACCUUAUUCAUUUUUUAAAUUAACAUCUAAUGUGUUGUUACAGGGCUACAGGUCUGUGAUUGAUCAGUCGUACACAAUUCACAGCACUCACCUUAGCACAUACCCUCCCCAAUGUCCAUCUCCCCACCACCCUCUCCCUCCUUACCCCCCCUUCACUCCAGCAACCCUCCAUUUGUUUCCUGAGAUUAAGAGUCUCUUAUGGUUUGUCUCCCUCUCUGGUUUCGUCUUGUUUCAUUUUUCCCUUCCUUCCCCUAUGAUCUGUAUCCUUAGGGUAAAUACCCAGUAGUGCAAUUGCUGGCUCGUAGGGCAGCUCUAUUUUCAACUUUUUGAGGAACUUCCAUACUGUUUUCCAGAGUCGCUGCACCAGCUUGCAUUCCCACCAACAGUGUAGGACGGUUCCCCUAUCUCUGCAUCCUCACCAACACCUGUCGUUUCCUGACUUGUUAAUUUUAGCCAUUCUGACUGGUGUGAGGUGGUAUCUCACCGUGGUUCCCUGAUGCACAGUGAUGUUGAGCACUUUUUCAUGUGUCUGUUGGCCAUUUGUCUUCUUUACCUUAUCCAUUUUUAAAUAGCAGAAUAGAAACUUGGUUCUAAGAAUACUUAGUUAUCUCCUGGAGAUUAGAAAGGCCAAAUAAUAAAGAUAAGAAAAGCUAAUACUCUACAGUGCUUCAUUUCCUUAGCCUCGUGGAGGAACGGGUAGCUUGCCUGAGUUAGUUUUUCUGCUAGAAGUUAGCCCCAUUCAAGCACCAGUGUUUAUUUUAGCCUCACUAUUCUUUUUUUUAAAAUUUUUUAUUUUUUUAUAAACAUAUAUUUUUAUCUCCAGGGGUACAGGUCUGUGAAUCACCAGGUUUACACACUUCACAGCACUCACCAAAGCACAUACCCUCCCCAAUGUCCAUAAUCUCACCCCCUUCUCCCAACCCCCCUCUCCCCAGCAACCCUCAGUUUGUUUUGUGAGAUUAAGAGUCACUUAUGGUUUGUCUCCCUCCCAAUUCCAUCUUGUUUCAUUGAUUCUUCUACCCACUUAAGCCCCCAUGUUGCAUCACCACUUCCUCAUAUCAGGGAGAUCAUAUGAUAGUUGUCUUUUUCUGCUUGACUUAUUUCGCUAAGCAUGAUACGCUCUAGUUCCAUCCAUGUUGUCGCAAAUGGCAAGAUUUCAUUUCUUUUGAUGGCUGCAUAGUAUUCCAUUGUGUAUAUAUACCAUGGAUCAAGAAGAUGUGGUAUAGCCUCACUAUUCUUGAUCAAAGUUUUACUUAAUAAGAUACUAACCUGCCUUCCUACAAUGAGGCCAUUGAACAAAAUCUUUAGUGAGUUCUGCAGGGGAAGGUAAACUAUAUAAACCAGAACGAGACCCAGUUAUCUUUCUCCUGCGGCUCUCAGUGUGCCUGGCCAGCGCCUUAUCCUCAUUCUCCUUUUUUAUCUUUUACUCACCUCACCCUCUUCCCCAGGCGUUUCCCAUCUGAGGAGGCCAGGACGCCAGACCAUCAAACUCACAUGAAUCAUGAAUCGCUUGUGAAUAGGUGUGGGCCUGCAGGGGUUUGUGAGUCAAGGUCAGGAGUUCUAGUGCAGGUAGAGCUGAUUAUAGGAAAGCCAUCUGAUACAGGGGAAAGAAGAGCCUGAGCUUUGGAUUUGGAGGAACUUGGGUCCAAAUGCUGGUGUCUCCACAGGAUAGCUGAACGACCUUAGGCAUGUUUACUUAAGCUCUCUGAGCUUUAAUUUUCCAUAUUUGCAGAGUGGAGAGAAUAUUAGCACUUCGUAGGGUUCUUGUCCAGAAUGGAUGAGCUUAUGUAUGUGAAAAGCCUAUCAUAGCACCUGAGCCAAAGUACACACUUCAGCUAAGUUCAGCCCGCCCCACACCCUCCUGUCACUCCUAACAUUCUGAUGGGGGUUACUUCCUGCUCCUAGCUGCUGGGUUCAGAUAGAUGAUGUUGCCACGUCCGUAAUGGCUGCAUACACAGAUAUCCAUUGUAUGUCCUUCAUGUAGCUUUUUUGUCUUAUUUUUUCAUCUUCAUCCUCCCAUUUACUCCAGCUGAAAUUUUGAGCCUGGAUGGCCUUAGAUUUUGAGGUAGGAGUAGUUCAUUUACCAGGUAGAUAUACUUUGGAGGCAGGAAAUAGCAAGUAAUGAACUCGGGUCAUUGCCUCUCUCACGUUUACUUAAAAAGAACGAGUUGAAAUUGCCCUUCCAGGACACUGGAGGAGAUAAUGGUCUGUAUACAUAUAAUCUCUUCCCUGAAAACUGACACCUGUCACUGUCUUCCCGGAAAUUGAAUUGUUCCAUCUGAUGGAAGGCAAGCCUCAGGCAAAGGAAUAACUGUCAGUGCUGUCCCAAGACUGCCCAGACAAAUAUAGUCCUCAUUGAAUAUUCCUGCACAUGUCCAUUGCACACCCAAUAAUACUUUGUAGUCAUCUACUUAAGUUCUCAUGCAAGAGAAGAAAGCAUUUUUCCUGGUAUAAACAAAUUUAAUGAAAAUGUUGGCAUUGCUAGAGCCAGCAUUUCACAGAACUAAAAAACAUGUGUCUGUAUAUAUGUAUGUGUGUGUAUAUAUAUGCAUAUAGGCAUAGAUAUGCAUAUUGCCUCACUUUUGUGUGUACAUAUAAAUACACACACACACACACACACACACAUACCAGUGCAUUCAAGGGAAGACUUCCAUAUUUUCUCUUUAGAGAUUUGCAGCAUUCUUAAAUUUAGCAACAAAUGUCAGUUACAUGAUGGUGCUAUGAUGAAAUUAUCUGAUUUACUUAACCAUUUUCCUACCCAGUUUCUUCCCUUUGAAAAUGGUAUACUAUUAAUAGAUUUACAGUAGUCCUUUGGUAUGAUUCCACUUUAAAAUGUGUUAUAAAAUUUAACAAAAUUACUAUGAGAGUUAUGUUUAGCAGUAAAACCUAACUUUAAUUCUUACAAAUCAGACAUUACUGCUACAUUGCUUUCAUUGUGUUCUUUUCUUUUGCUCUUGAAAAAUUCAGAUUCACUGUGAUUGAUGAUCAUAAUCAUGUGAAUUCUAUUGCUGCAUGAUAAAUUUCUCCCAAAUUUUGCAGCUUAAAACAGUAAACAUUUUCUCACCCAGUUUCAGAGGGUCAGGAAUCCAGGUGUGGUUUUACUGGGUCAUUCUGACUCUUUCUCUCUGGGUUUCUCAUGAAGGUGUGAUCAAGCUAUUAGCCAAGGCUAGGGAUUAAAGAGUGCCUUAGUGGGGCUGGUGUAUUUAUUCCAAGCUCACACAUCUGGCUGUUGGCAGGAGGCUUCAGUUCCUCACCAAAACAUGGGCCUUUCUUCAUAGAGCCACACACAACAAGACAGCAGGAUUCCCCCAAAACAAGAGAGAAGAGAAAGAGUAAGAGCAAGAGAAAUAGGAAGACAAAAGCUACAAUGUCUAUAUAACCAAUCCUAAAAGUGAGUGGUAUACCAUCACUCCUGCCAUACGGAAUUGGUCACACAGACCAACCCUCGUACAGUAUAGAGAGUAAGAUUGCCAAAAGGUGAGCAUCAUUGGGACCUGUCUUAAAGGAUGCCUACCACAGUGCUAUUUCACAAUAUAUGUAAAUACACACACACACACACAGUUUGUAUAUAUUGUAUAUAAACAUAUAUGUUUAUAUAUGUGUAUGUUUUAUAUGUGUGUGUGUGUGUGUGUGUUUAUAUAACCUAUACAUCUGUAACACAGAUAUGGCACUACUAGACACUAGCUUCAAACAUGGAAUGAUGCUAUGUAUAGUGAUUAGUGAGUUUUCCAGUAGGUAUAAUCAUUUGGGUUUUGUUUUUUGUUUUUUGUUUUUUUCAAGAUUUUGUUCAUUUAUUUGACACAGAGAGAGAGAUCACAAGUAGGCAGAGAGGCAGGCGGAGAGAGAGGGAAGGAGGUUCCCCGCUGAGCAGAGAGCCCAACGCAGGGCUCAAUCCCAGGACCCUGAGAUCAGGACCUGAGCCAAAGGCAGAGGCCCAACCCCACUGAGCCACCCAGGCACCCCCUAAUCAUAUGUUUUUAAAAGUUACUUAAACUUAUAAUUCUCCAUGUGUCUAUUUGUGUUGAUAUGGCUUCAGUGUGAGAUCUCUCCUCGUCUUAUAAAAACUUUGUCCAUUACAUAGGAAGAAGUAUACUUAGAACAUUCAAAUGUCUAUCAGUAGAACCUAGGAAGUCUGUAAUUUCUGAAUGAAACAAGUUUCGGUCUAGAGCAGGGAAGGCAAAUAGAUUUCAACUCACUGUCUCAAACGUGGUUUUGUGAAGAAUUCUAAGCUGUGUUCAUCCUCGGUGAUGUCUUGUCAGUAGGGUCUGCUGUGGGUGUAGCGGGGAGAGGUGUAGGGGACACAUGCCUCAUCUUUGCAUCUUUGGUCUUCUAGAGCAUUUUGCUAAUGCAGAAACUCUGCCAAGGUGAGCAGUAAUAAUACAGAGGGUAGGUUGAAAUAAUGAAAUAAAUGAUGAUAAGCCACCCAAAGAAGUUCUUAUAAGAUAGUAUUUAAAAGCUUUGCUUUAAUGACUCUAAAAGAUAAAUGAUUUCUGGAAGGUAUGGCUGUCUUCAUUUCUCUCCAGUCAGAGAAAUUAAUGACCCUAGAUGAUUGUCUUCAUUGACUUGAGGUAGGACAUCCUAUUAGGUUGUUCCCAGGGAGGAAAGAAUGUGGAUCCUAGCCUAUAUUUGAAUCAGACUUUGCCAUUGUCAGCUUACUGUAUUAAUUAAAGGCUUAAGUUACAUUGUGUCCUCUUAUUUAUAAAUUAUAUAGAGAACACAGAAGAGAAAAAAUUGGAGGUUAUGUUUUCUUACCCCCUAACUUUAUUUUACAAGUAUAGCCUAUGCUGGGUAAUCCUAAUGUAAUUACAAAUUCGGGUGAUUGGAGGGGAGGUUGGAGAGGAAACGUAUGGUUUCUGGAUUGGAAAUAAUAAGCUGCUACUUUUGACUUUUCCUAAGUCUUUGGCAGACUAGUUUAGUUCCACUUUAGUGGACACUCUUGGGAGCCCUCCUUCUGAAGACCUCAUUAAUUUGGCUGCUUUGGUUCAUUUUGGGUGCGUAAAGAAAUACCCAUUCACAGGGAUGCCUGGGUGGCUCAGUUGGUUGGACGACUGCCUUUGGCUCAGGUCAUGAUCCCAGAGUUCUAGGAUCGAGUCCCGUCGGACUCCCAGCUCCACGGGGAGUCUGCUUCUCUCUCUGACCUUCUCCUCGCUCAUGUUCUCUCUCACUGUCUCUCUCUCAAAUAACUAAAAUCUUUAAAAAAAAAAUAAAUAAAAUAAAAUAAAUAAAUAAAAAGAAAUACCCAUUCACAGACGACUAUAAGUCUAAGGCUCACUUGAUGAGGAAGGAGGCAGUUUCUGUGCACCUGACUUCAGCAUAGAUAAGGACAGGGCAGGUUAGCUCCUCACUCUCGUCCACAUGCCUGAGAAGCCGGAGCAUUUCGUUCCUCCUGAGACUGUAAUGAAGAAAUCAAAAGAUGGCUUGAAGGAGGACAUAUCUUAAUCCCCAAACACUUCUUACUAAUGAACAAAUUGUAUUCAACGCACUGGUUUGGAUGGAACCAUCUGUUAGAAUACCCAUUAACCAGAACAGUGCCUGGUAUGGAUAGGGGCUGAGGAAACAUUUAUCAAAUGCCUGAAUACGGUCAUUGCCAAUUUGGGGAAGCAAUUGAUGAGGGAGAAAGAAAAUACAGACUGUAAUGUCAGACACACCUGGGUUCUAGUAUUGAUGCACGACUUACGGGGGUGACCUUGGUAUAAUCGAUGCUGUUUUCAGGUGUCUAUAUUCCCUUUUCUCAUUCAAAAACGAUAGUGGUUUAUAUCUCCUAGGCUUGUUUUGAGAAUUGAAUAAAAUACGGGGGUGGGGGGGGUGGGGAGGGGUAAGCCCCUGACAAAAUACCUGGCCCAUGGUGAGUGUUGAACAGAGGUUAGUUCGCCCUCCCUUCCUGCAUUUUACUGCUAUUGGACAGGGGUGGGGCUGUAAAUGACAGCAUCUGCACAGCUGCAAAUAGAAACCACUAGCCAAAACAGAAGCCCUGUGACAGGAGCCGAGAGGUUGCAUGGCUCAGGAGCCUGAGACAGCUCGCUCUAGAUUUUCCAUAAAUAUCUACGAAGGGGGUAUAGCAGUACGAAGUGCUAGAUGAGCAACUGUCAUUUAAACGAAAGGCCAGCCAGCUGGCUUGGGUUAUUCAGAGUGGCAGAGCCCACUGAAAUGAAUAAAACAUCCAGAUCUAGACAGCCUGCAUCAAACUCCUUUCCCCCCCCCCCCCAUUUAACCAGUGACAGGUAGAAGGCAUCAGGCAUGUUUUUUAGCAUUUUAUUGGGAUACUGUAAGCAAAUCCUCUGGGAUUGCAAGAAGUAUUUGGGAAAUUCAUCACCUUUCUGGGGUUAUACUUUUAUUUAGCCAAAUGAGGAGGUAUCUCUGUCUCCAGGACCCUUUAUUUAAGUUAAUUAACAAAUACUAACUUAUUUGUCAAACACUUUCCCUUCCAAAUUCGGUUGCUCUAUCAAUCUGCUAGAACUGCCAAGACUGGCUUAAAGAGCAAAAAUUUAUUUUCUCGUAGUUCUGGAGGCCGGAAGUCCAAGCUCAACAUGCCAUUAGGAUUGGUUUCUGGUGAGGCCUUUCUUCCUAGGAUAUAGACCAUUACCUUCUCACUGUGUCCUCACAUGGCCUCUUUUCUUAUCCAUGUGUGCUCAGAGAGAUCAAGCUCUGGUGUCUCUUCCUCUUCUUACAAGGACGUCAGUCCCAUUGGACCCAGGGCCACACCUCCAUGACCUCAUCUAACUUUACCUCCCCAAAUGCCCUGUUUCUCAAUAUAGCCCACCUAAUGGGUUAGGGCUUCAGUAUAUGAAUUGGAAGGGGUAAGGGCACAAUUCAGUUCACAACAGUUGCUUCUUUAUCUUAAACUACUUUCCAUCAAUUUUCCAGCCCCUUAUUUUUCUUUAUCUAAUAAUCUCCAUUACAGAGCAGUAUAUCAUUUUCUUAUAUACUUACCAGGUUUUAGGCACAUUUGCAAGAACUAAUCCAAACCAGUGGUUUUUCCCUUGUGCCCUAGUCUUUAGUAGAUGAAGCAGCUAAGGGGAGGGGGAAUGUGGCCAGGAGAAUAAUGACCUCCCCCCCACACACACACACACACAACGAUGUCCUCGUGCUAAUCUCCACAACAUUUGGAUACAUUAGGUUCCAUGCAUAAAGUUUGCACAUGGAAUUAAGGCUGCUAAUCAGCUGGUCUUAAAAUAGGGAGAUUAUUCUGGAUUAACCAGGUGGGUCUAGUCUAAUCACAUGAGUCCUUAACAGUGGAAGAGGGAGGCAGAAGAAGAGGUUCAGAGAAAGAGAUAGGAAAGUGGAAGCAGGGAGUGACAGGCGGUGUUUCUGGCUUUGAAGAUGGGGGCCACGAACCACAGUAUGUGGGUGGCCGUUAAGCUGGGAAAGCAAGGAAACGAAAUCUCCUCUAGAGCUGCCAGAAAGGAACAAUAGCCUUGCCAACACCUUGAUUUUAGCCCAGCAAGAGCCAUGUCGGACUUCCGAGCUACAGAACUGUAAGCCAGUGAAUCUGUGUUGUUUAAAGCCACUAAAUUUUAUGUGGCAAUUUGUUACUGCACUAGUAGAAAACUAAUACAGGGAGUCAGAGGUGGAGGGGAGAGGGUAGUGGUUAUGACUUGCGCCUAAAAUGCAUCAGGCAUGGAACUAGAGGAUUUAUACAUGUUUAUCUCUUAACACUAUUUGAGGCAGGUGUUGCAUGUUUUCUAGAUUAGGAAACUGAGACUCGGAGUUCAAGUAACUUUCCCAGAGACAUAUAGUAACCCAGUUAAUACAUGGGCCAUCUGGGAUUUCAAACCAGGUCUGCAUAGUCUGUUUGAAAGAAUAGUAAACUGUGUGAGUUAAGGGUACAUGAACACCCUGAGCCUCGGUUUCUUCAGUUGUAAAACUUGUAGAGACAAGUCAGGUUUAUGAGCUUUGUACGAAAAGCAAAUUGGGAAAUCACUAUCAAAAAAAACAUUGUAAAGUACAAAAUCCUUAUCGAUGUCAAGUUUGAUCUAGCUGUCAACACACCCAAACAUCCAUAUCAAAUGAAUGAUCUAGGACAUUGAGGGGGCUGGAGGGUCUUCUUAGACCUUACCUAAACCUUGUUACUUAGUGCCAGCAUUAACUAGGCCUCUUUAGGAAAAAUCUGCAUCCUAUUGUUGGGUGUUGGCUGCCUAGAAACAUGGCUUUGGCUGCAUCCUGAGUUAUUUCAGAGGCUGAAAAUUGCAGGUUAGUAAAAUCACUUCAGUAAUGGUAAGAGAAUUGAGGGGUAGUGUAAGCUUUUAGCCACCCCUUAUCAUCACAUCUGUUUGUCUUUGUUUACAUUUUAUACUACCAGUUAACACAAGAUUUGUUUAGCUAACAAUAGUAUUUGUUCGGGGGCACUUGAGUGGCUCAGUGGGUUGAGCCUCUGCCUUCAGCUCGGGUCAUGGUCUUGGGGUCCUGGGAUCGAGCCCCGUGUUGGGCUCCCUGCUCAGCGGGGAACCUGUUCCCCCUAUCUCUCUCUGCCUGCCUCUCUGCCUACUUGUGAUAUUUGUCUACCAAAUGAAUGGAUAAAAUCUUAGAACAAAACAAAACAAUAGUAUUUGUUCAAUGUAAGCAACUAUAACUUAAAUCCUGGGAUUUUAAUAAACUUACAUAUAACUCUGGUUAUUUAGGAAAUAAACUCUAAUCAAAAUUGUUUGGAGUAUUAUAGUGGUUCAGUUAUUACCUUCCACCAAAUAGAUGAAUAGACCUUUUCAAGUUACUUAGAUAUUAGAAUAUUGGUGAAGAGGGUUAGUAGUCCUGGCUAUUUGGUGACAUUUAGGAUAUUUAAUUCAAUUGAACGCUUUACUGAUAAAGUAGAGUCUCUUUAUGCAUAUUUCUGAAUCUCUUAGAGUGAGGUGACUGCAUUAUCCCAUCUGAAGACAGUUUUAUCUGGCCCUCAAUCCUAAAUAAGCUAGUUUACCACUUCUGAGCAUUUUUUUUACUUGUGGUUUAAUAAAAAUACCAGUGAAAAGUCUGGUGGAUCUAGACAUCAGACAUUUAUUGACCCUCAUUUUCUGAGAGCCUGACACUGAGAUUGUAAAGACGCAAAGAAUGCUUCUCUGCCCUCCAGAAGUUAACAGCCUGGUGAGCAAGAAGACAGACAUAGUAAGAAUUCAUUUUCACGAUGUGAAAAGUGUAAAACUUCUGGGGAAGCAGGCUUCAUGCUAGUACUUUUUAUUCCCACUUAAUAAAAAUAUGAGUUUUGUGGCAAGGGCUUUAAAAAAUAUUUUAGACUAUGUAAUCUAUGAUCAGUCAGCCCACCCUUAACUACCUCAUUUUGGUAAAUCUGAAGAGCCCUUUUAGGUGGUCAUUUAGCCCAUCCCAGAAUUCACCAUACACAUUAUUGUUGAAACCCACCCAAAUAACAGAGCCUCGGGGAAGAAUUUAACAGAAUGGCUAAACUCUCAGAAGUCAGAUUUGAGUCCAGAGCCAGGCUCUAACACAGUUUUAUGACCUGAAGUAAGUUAUUUUGCCUCUCUCGGUAUUAGUUUUCUCAUAUAUAGCAUGAGGAUAAUAAGUAUAACUUUUUCUCUUCUUCAAAAUAAACUAAGUUCCUCUAAGUCAGUUAAGUCCAUUGAUUAACAAGUCCAAGAUGGCACUACAAGAAAUAGUAUUGUAGAGUCGAUGAAAGAACUAUAAAGGUUGAUGGUAUGUUUGGUGUUUAUCCCAUAAUUUUUUACUAUAAUUGAAAGUUUCUACUUUAUAGCACUCACUGUUAAGUGGCUUUUGCACUUAUGCAUUAUGGAGUCGGUAAUAUUUGGAUAGAACAUGUCAAGAUUAUAGAGAUGGUGAGGGAGGAAACUUCUCAAAGUCCCAUCCAGUUUUGUCAUUUUAGAAUGUUCAAUUCUUCUCUGAUAAAAUAUGCACAUUCAUGUUCUUAUGUUUUUAGUGUACUUCACUUAACUUUGGUAGAAAAAUAAAAUUAGGGGGUGCCCGGGUGGCUCAGUGGGUUAAAGCCUCUGCCUUCAGCUGAGGUCAUGAUCCCAGGGUGCUGGGAUCGAGCCCCUCAUUGGGCUUUCUGCUCAGCUUCCUCCUCUCUCUCUCUCUCUCUCUCUGCCUACUUGUGAUCUGUGUCUGUCAAAUAAAUAAAUAAAUAAAUCUUUUUAAAAAAAGAAAGAAAAAGAAAAUUAGAAUAAGUAUAAAAUUAGUUGAAAUUUUCUUUCAAAUAAUUUUAGUAUUUUUUAAGUUUCAAAUUUGAUAAUUAAGAAAACAUACAUAAUCAGAUGUUCAUUAAACUUAUUUUAUUGGAUAAAAAAGUGAAACUGCUGAACAUUACAGAUUGAAGUAGCUUUAGUAUUUCAUGCACUUUUGUUCAUAAGUGAGAAUUUAAGCUGGAAACUAGCAGUGGUCUUGCAAAGUUAUUUCUAAUUAAAUUUAGUUUUCAUUAAUCUACAUUCUGACAGUUUUUGAUUAUUGACCUUUUUAAAGUAGCAUGAAAAAAUAUAUAUAUAUAUAUAUAUAUAUAUAUAUAUAUAUAUAUAUUGCCCAUCUUCUGUAUUUUUCUAGAAAGCCAACCUCUUUAGUUUGGAGAAGUUGUCUGUACUGAGGGAGUGAUAGUCACAGCUUGAUCUUGAAAUACUCUCUUCUUGCUUGAUGAUGAUUUAGAAUGGCAUUAACUGCUGUAACAAACCGCCACCUUUCACUUGCUUAAUGCUCACAUACCAGUCAAUGCAGAGCUUCCUGGUGGACAAAUGGCUUUUCUAUGCUUUGGCUGGUGACUUUGGUACCCCAGCUCCUCCUAACUCAUGGCUCCUCAUCUCCUUGGUCCUCAGAGUCCUCUGCCUUCAUUUAGCAGAUGAGGAAUAAGAGUAGAGACGGCACUCCAGGUCCUUAAAAACCCCUGCCCACAAAAGACAAGCAUCUGUUCUCUCACCUUGAUUAGCAGGACCUAGACACAGGCUCCCAUAAGGCUAGUCAGGGCAGGUAGUCUGCUUCUGGACAGCAACCUCCCGGUAACAACGCUGUGAGAUGGAAGGGAGGAUGUGAAGUUUGGUGGGCACUGCCAGAGGGAAUGUAAGAAGGUACAAAUAUACAACUUGAAAAUUCUGUGUUCGUUAGUAUCUAAUAGUCCAAUGUAUAAAUACAUGUUCUUGGAGGCCUUCUGUAUUCUGGAAUCCUAUCACAGUGAAAAACAGCAUCAGUUUUUAAGAGUUGCCCAAAACUGUAAUCUAUGACUGUAGAACAAUUUCUUUGUAUCAGCUCUGGAUCUGGGAUGUUUUCGCUCUGUACAGUAAUUGACAGCAAUUUAAAGGAUGUGAUUUAAAGGAUAUUAAAAAAAAGGGUAUAAUUUAUAUUUUCCAUGUUUUUCUCAGGAAUUUUCUUUUCAGUGUUCAUCUUUUACAGGUCUAGAGACGGCAACUUUUUCCCAAUACUAUGCAUAAGUAACAUGUUACGAUAACUUCAGAUUCUUAUAAUAUGUGAUAUCUGAGAUACAAAGGUUUUUUAAUUAGAGUUUUUAAUUUUCAAAAGAUAUAUAUUUUUUAUAUAAAUUGCCAUAAAUAUGUAAUAAAAAGAAGUUUAUCUUGAAGACCAUAAAGGGUUUGGAUGGGAUCCUGCUAAUAUUUGGUCAGAGUCCCACUAGAUUUCCAAAUGUUUAAUUACAAAAUAUGGAACUAUUAUUGUGAUAUUUACAGAGUUAAUUACUGAGAAAUAUCCAUUUUGAUUUUAGGCAUAUAUUUCCAAAAUUAUAUAAGAGGGAACUCCUUAUAUGUCAGUGGAAACAAACAGCUUAUGAUUUUCUCUUAAGCAUGUUUUAGAAUGAAUUCUUCUUAUUACUAAUUCCUAGUCAGCCUCAUAACCAGUGUCUGGCAAGAUUAUGUGCUGCCUCCCCAAGGUUUGGUAACUUUUUAAUAAUUUGAUUGACACGGUUCACUUUCUGUUCUUACCUUCCAAUUUGUUUUCUUUUUCUUUUUGUCCAAUUUGUUUUCAGUUGGGAUUCUUUUUUAAGUUUAAAACUUUUAUUGUCUUUACUACUUGCCAUUUAUGGCCAGCUGUAAAAUUUUCCAGCAAUUCCAAGAUACUGAUGCUAGAAACAGAUUGAAUUAACACAUAUUACUUGUUUUUAAUUUCUUGUUCAUAUGAAUAUUAUAUGCAUAGGAUUACCUCCCACCCCCCCCCAAAAAAGACAUUGCAAGUUAAUUGGUCACAUUAUUUUGCAACCUUAUCUUCAUCAUGAUAAAAUCAUAUAUGCACCCUUGCUCUAUUCAUGAUGAUAUAUAAAGUGACAUUUAUAAUGGAGUUUAACAGAAGAACCUCUUUCAUCAUCACAGACAGUUAUUAAGAAUGAAUUUCUUCAAAGCUAGUGUACUUUUUGUCUUUAAACCACUUUUCUCUUAAAGGCUGUCCUAAAUUUUAAUUUUGAAAGAAAGCAUUUUGCAUGCUAGGAGGGUAAGAAACAUAAGGAGGGUAAUUAUAAUGGGAUUUAAAUAAUUCACUUACAUUUCUUUGCCAAUAAAAUAAAGCAUGUUCUCUUAGGGCUUUUUUUAUAGGUCCUAAAAUAUGUCUUUCAAUUUACUAAUAUUAUGGAAGAAAGAAAACACAACACCGUCUUCUUCCUAGAUCGAAUAUUAGUGUUUCCCAACAACAGAUUUGGCAAACACUCAGAGGCAAGUAGUAUUGUGCUUUUUAGAUUUUCAAAUAUCUCUGAACUGCUGUUGAUUGCGCCCAAAUCAGGUCAGAUGCACUCUCUGCAGGAACAUUUGCCAGAGGUAGUAUAUGUUCAGAUGGAAGAUUUUUACAUUCCAUAAUCAGCCUCAUUUAUUCUCCAGACCUCUGAAUUUUUCAUACUAAGUAGGAGCAUCUCACUUUAUGAACCAUGGGUCUUUAUUAAUUAAACAGAGUCAACAGGGCUGAUUUAUUCUCUCUUCUCAGUUGAGCUACCAAGCACAGAAAUCAGAGAGAAAAUAUCUCUAAUACUAGAAUGUUCUCCAAGCCAGUAAAGCUGUGAUUAUCUCAUCAUACCGAUUAUGUCAAAGCUCUUUAGGCACCAUGCUCACCAGGACAUAAAAUUGAGUGGUAUACACCCAGCUGGCCCUGUUCCAGCAUCAAAGGAAGAAUUCCAAAUUUUUCUUGCAAUAAUCACAAAGUUCUAAUUAUUAAAUUAAAAAAAAAAAAAAAAACAGCCAUAAUCACUUACUGAAUAUGUACUCGUUGCCAGGCACUUCACCUGAGUUUUAGCAGCUUCGGGUUUUGUUUGUACAAAAGACCUAAGUAUGAAAUCUGUACUUGAAGCAUAAAAACCUUUGUUUAGUUUCCCUUUGUUAGUUGUUUUUUGUUGUUGUUGUUUGUUUAUUUUGUUUCCUAGUAAGUAAUUGUUGUAAUUGCACAUUUAGUGUUUGGGUGUGUGUUUUUUAAACAGAUACCAAGAAGUAUACUUUGAACAUAAGCUUAAUCAAUUAAUAUUUUAUGGUGUUACUUUUAAAUUUGGGAAAAGAUCAUAUGUAGAUUUGUUGAUUAAAAAAAAAAAAAGCGCUAAUGAAGUUUCUUGGCAAGGAUAACCUUCUCGGGGAACUUUCUCAUAGUCAUUGUUCAGAGUCAAUAACUACAUUUUUUUCCUUAGACAUUUUGCUUUGGCUUCGUUUACAUUAUAAAUUUAAUGGAAUGUCCAUAUCGAGGCAGUUACACUCGUUUAAGCAUAAGAAUACUGUUUUUCAAAAAGUCUGCUAGGAAAGUGUGCAGCUGAACUUGCCCCUCAGGUGGUUAUUCCCCUUCCCCUUCCUUCCCAACUUCCUAAUUAGGGGACAUGGGUGGUGAGGGAGACUUUAACAGUUUUGAAGUCUCUUCUUUGGACUAAGAUAUUAUAAAUGUGCUGGUAAACAUCAAAGUAAAUGUACCAAGAUUUUAAAAUUAGCAAAACCGUCUCAUCGAGUUUUUCCUUUUAGUUUUAAGCAGGUGCUUCAUUGCAGAACGAUGUGUCCUCAUUUCACCUUGCAGCGGCCUCCUGGCCCUCUUAUGGUACACUCAUUAGUAUUUCUUUAAAACCACUUUAAAUUUAGGCAGACUUCCAGCUUUCCCUACCCCCAGCCCCCAAGACCUUGAAAUGAAGUUAACCUGGGCAGAAUCCAGUGCUUUCGUAAGUUUCGCCUCCGUAAUAAGAAAUUCCAUUAAACCAUAAACCAUUUUAAAGAGAUAAUAGUAAUGUGGAUUACUGUCAAGAGAAGAAUGAUUCUUUGUACCACUUAACCACACUCUGUGCUUUUAAAAUUACAAAGAUGUUUGGGCCUUGCCAUCUUAAAACACCUUGAAUCCGUUUACCCCAGUAUGAAGCUAUCAGUGAUCUUCCAUGGAAAGAUAAAUUUUAAUAUUUAAAUGCAGGAGUUGAACAAUUUGUAUGGGGAGUAUGCAUUGAAUUUGGGAUAGAGGGUCAAAAACAAACCAAAUCACCAUUGACGGUAAAACUGCCCAUUUGUACGAAGUCCAACAUUUUCAGUUAUUGUCAUCAACAGCCAAUAAAGUAAGUGCAUUUUGUGAUAGUUCCCCAAUUGUGGUCUGUGGAAUGCUAGUCCCAUGUGUGCUACCAGGGGCAUGUUAGUUUGAAUAACACCGCGUACCCAUGGAGAGUCAUAGAACAUGUUAAUACAGUUAAGGCUUAGGGGAAUCCUGCAGUAAAAAUACCCGUUUAGCUCUAUUUAACCUAGUGUAUCUCAAACUUGUUUGAUCAUAGAAUUAUCUAAUUUACAUAAAAGUUACUAAAAACCCUUUAAAAACAUAUUUUGUAAAUAUUCUGUGAUUUAGGAGAAACUUUUAGACACACACCCCCCCCAAUCGUAUUCGAUCCUCCUAAGUGCCAACCCUCAGACAGACUCAAUCUAAGACACGAUACUACUUUCCAUGGUUGCGUUUGGAUAAGAUACCCUUGGGGGAAACUGAUCUAAAUGGAUGAGGGCAGUGGGGUAAGCCAGGGGAAAAAAGAGUAUCCAGGAAGAAGAAACAACUCAUCCUAAUUCUGGCAGCCACCUGUCCAACAGUCGGGAGCUGGGCAGAUAGUGGUGGAUUGAGGAGAUUCAUUCAGCUGGACUGAGGGGUGGAUAAGUCAGAGAAACAGCGUGCACCAGGUAGGGGCCCCGGUUGUGAUGUUUCAGCACUCCCUGAACAGGCCCUGUACCCGUGGUGUAUCCUUCCUUCCCUCUGCUUCUGUUCUUCCCCGAAAUGCCUCAUCAUCGAUUCUGAACACAUGGGAAGCCCCAUAAAUUCAGACAAGAAACACAAUUCCUGCCCUCAAGGAGCUUCUUAUGCCGUAACUUCUUACUUCUUUACUGAAGAUAAACAAGCACUUAUAAUAUUAGGAGUGUAGCAAGAGAGAAGGUCAGGCGCACAGAUUGGAGGAAUUUUGAGGGAGACGGUUCUUUGGAAUUAGUAGGAGUUAACUAGAUAAACAAAGUGGGAGGGAGGAAAAGACUGUGGCUGAGAAGAAAGUAUUGUUGAGGCAGGUAAGAAAAAAAUCAAGGUAUUUCCUACUGUGGAGUGUGUAUUUGAUCCAGAAGGCAUGGGUUGGUACUGAAUUUUUAGCAGGUGAGCCACAAUAGAUGAUUUGUUCUCUUGGCUGGAGUAGAGAUUGAAUUCACAAAGAACCAGAACAGAGAGAGAGACAAGCAAUUUGAGUGACCCAGGCUAUAGCACUGGAAGAGGGGAGGAGGUCAGAAAACCCCACAGAGAUUUCAGGAAGACAGUCCCAGAACUUGCUGACUGAAUUUCGGGUAAGGAAGGAGUGAAAGAUGACACAUUCUCCCACAUUCCUUUUUACCAAAGAAGAAAGAAAGAAGUGGGCAUGGUUGAACCUUAAAUCUUAGCCCAAGAAUUUUUAAAACUAGUGGAUGGCGUUCCAGUUGCUUCCUGUCCCAAGGGGCUGUCGUAGGGAGGAAGCAGUGUCCCUGGGAUCAGGACGUACGUGGACGGGUGGAAGAACAGGCAGUCUUUGAGAUUGUAAUUGCAUUCCUUGU